UAUAUACAUAUAUAUUAUAUGUAAAUGUCUCAGAAAAGAAGAACAAAAAAAAUAUUUUACAUAUAUAGUUUAAUUAGUACUUUUAAGUAAAUCAGUAAAACGAGAAUUAAAAAAAUUGUAACAAAAAAAAAAAAUAAUUCUAUCAUAGCAGUUAAAAAAAAAGCAAAGCAUAUUAAAAAAGAAAUAUCCAGCGAAAUAAAUUGUUAACGAUGUCUAUCAUAAAUUUUUGGCGUAAUUUUCACAUUUCAAUAUUUAUUGGAUUUACUGCCAUUUAUGGAUUAACACAAGCAAAAGGCACUCAUAAAGUUCAUUGUAGCGAAGAUUUAAUGCGCGUUGAAAUUGGUUUACCCGAAAUUAAUGAACAUGAAACAAGCAACAGUAGCACGAACACUGCCAGUAAUAGUCAAAACUUUACUGAAGAGCCACAAAUUUAUUUGGAAGGCCUUAAAGGUUAUCCGGAUGAACGUUGCCAUCCUGAAAUAAAUGCGUCUUUGGCCAUUUUCCGUUUAUCGUUAAGUGAUUUCUAUGAAUGCGGUGUCACGCGUAUGGUUAAUCAGUUAACGGGUAAAAAAGUCUAUUACCACAAAAUUAUUAUCGAAUCUCAAAAUGGCAAAGAAAUAGUCAGUGUUAAAUGCAUUACCACUGGUCCGGUUUAUAAUCUAAUGAUGAAUAAAACUAGCCGCGAGCCACCACGCUUUAUACUGCAACAACAACAACAACAGCAGCAGCAGCCGUCAUCAUUGCAACAGCACCACGACAUUACGCGACGUGAUGUUUUACCGGCUGGCUUUCAAGAACCCGAUGAUUUAGAAAUUACCACAUCGUUAACUGAACGAGCACCAGAACCACGUCUCGCCAUUGGAGUCAGUCAGAAUGGCAAACGUGUCACAGGCGAUUUAACAGUCACUCCCGGGACACCUUUAACUAUGGAAAUUAAUUUAGAUCGUGAUUCAGCUCCCGUUUAUGGCUUGGGUGUCAACUAUCUAGAAGUUACGGAUACACGACUGCUUUCGGAAACUAUUAUUUUUAAAGGAUGUACGGUCGAUCCUUAUUUGUUUGAAAAUUUCAAUACCAUCGAUGGGGAUACAUUAAGUGCUAAAUUUAAAGCAUUCAAAUUUCCCGAUUCCUCCUACGUACAGUUCCGUGCAACGGUUAACGUCUGCCUCGACAAGUGUUUAGGUACUCAAUGCUCGAAUGGACAAAUCGGUUAUGGACGUAGAAAACGUGAAGUUAGCGAUACGAAGCUAACACCUUUAAUGGAUACAAAUAAAGUUUACGAAAUAUCACUGGCCAUGUUUAUCAAAGUUAACGAUGUCGAAGGAGUGAACAGAAAUGAAGUUUUACGUUUGGAGGAGAAAUUACGUGAAUUGAAAUUAGCCAAUCAACGUUUGGCUCGUAACAGUCGCGGCAAUUUCGCUGAACCUUUAUUGAAAACUACUGCCGAAGAACCGCAACUGCCGUCAGCGGUGCCAGCUUUUGUAGUCGAUGAAAAAGAAUUGGAAGACGCCAGCAGCGGUAGUCUGUCAAAUGCUAACAAUUUACUAUCAAUGGUGAUAUUAAUGCUUUCCAUUCUUCUAAUGUUUUGUAAAAAUUUGUAAAUAAUUUCCAAGAAAAAAAAAAAAAAGAAAUCGAAAAA